GACCUUUCAAUGACGACUUCCUGUAGACGUUGAAACGUCAGGGUUAGCGGCAGUUGCUUGCCUCACGAUUAAGAAACUAGCUCAUUAGAAGUUUAAUUCAUUGCAAACAGCCGCUAAUUUUAAGUAAAAUGCACAACAAAAGAAAUGUGAGAUAUAGCGACAAUAUUUUAGAGUUGUAAUUUUUCGUCAGGAGCGGAUUAGGUAAAAGACACCGAGCAUAGACGCGCGAAACCAGAUGUUAGUGUUUCUAAAUGAGCUAAAUUGUCAAAACAUAUGGAGUCCCAGAAAAAGACCAGUCAACCUGAAAAUAAGACUUCAAAGUCUGAGGAAGACGAAGAGGAGCAGUGCUGUGGUAAUACUUCCUGUGAAAAAAGUGAGAAGCAGGAGCCUUCAUCACCAAAACAGGGAGAUUUCAGUGAUCCGGUGUAUAAAGAGAUCGCAGUGGCAAACGGCGCCAUCAACCGAAUGAACAGAGAUGAGCUACGUGCAAAAUGUGCUGAGCUAAAGCUUGACACACGGGGAGUUAAAGAUGUCCUGAGAAAGCGCCUGAAAAGUUACUACAAAAGGCAAAAACUGAUGCUUUCAUCUGCUGCAAAUGGGAACAGUGAUGUGUAUUUUGACUACAUCUGUGUGGUGGAUUUUGAAGCGACAUGUGAAGAGAAUAACCCACCUGACUACCUGCAUGAAAUCAUUGAGUUUCCCAUGGUGUUGAUCGACACACACACCUUGGAGAUUGUAGACUCAUUUCAGGAGUAUGUGAAGCCAGUGGUGAACCCACAGCUCUCUGAGUUUUGUAUAAAACUUACUGGAAUCACACAGAAAAUGGUGGAUGAGGCGGCGACAUUCCAUCAGGUUCUAAAGCGAGCAGUUUCCUGGCUACAGGAGAAAGAACUUGGCACAAAGUACAAAUAUACAUUUUUAACAGAUGGGUCAUGGGACAUGGGAAAGUUUCUUCAUACCCAGUGUAAACUGAGUUCCAUCAGAUACCCACAGUUCGCCAGAAAAUGGAUCAAUAUCAGAAAGUCUUAUGGAAACUUUUAUAAGGUUCCUCGUACUCAGACAAAACUAAUCUGCAUGCUGGAGAAUCUCGGUAUGCAGUAUGACGGACGUCCCCACUGUGGUCUAGAUGACUCCCGCAACAUUGCGAGGAUUGCCAUCCACAUGCUGGAGGACGGCUGUCAGCUGCGGGUGAACGAGUGCUUGCAUUCAGGAGAACCACGGAGCGUGCCUAUCUCCGCCCCUAUUGAAGGAGCCCCAGCACCUCAAACCCCUAAGAAAAGAAACUAAAAAGAUCACUUAAAGACACUUUCACAAAAAUAACAGUGCUUAAUGUGGACAAAUAUGAAGAUAAUUUGGGAACUAAUGUGGGUUUUCUUAAAAAUAUAAUGUGUACAGUUUCUUUUCUGCAAAAGUUUACACCAUAGUGUAUAAUGGUUCAGAUCAGUGGGAUUAGGCUGUACUUUCACUUUUACAGCAAAUUGGGUUUAUGUACUGUUUUGAAACUUGCUUCUGAUAAACUGAAACAGUAGUUUUAGGCAAAAGGCUGAAGUGCUGGGUGAUUAAUACCUGCAAUACUGCAUUGCUUUGCUUUUUUAAAUUGAUGUUGCACAUCCAAUGAAAAACACAAUUUGUAUUAUUUUGUCAAUAAACAUUUUUUAUGAUGC